GGGUCCUCUACAAAUGGAAAAAUUGAUAUUCCAGCCGAAAUUUGAAGGUCCCCGUAAUGUUGACCUCAGCUAUGUCCUGUUGGGGAACUGCCAGUCUGCCACACCAUGUGACCCAUUUGUCUAAUCGUCUCGAUGCUUAAUAUAAUACAUAACCAGAGUUAUUGCAUUACCAUACGAAGUAGAUAGAGCUCUACAGGAAGAAUACCGUCCCACAGCCUGGAAAUUCCAACCUACGCGGCAUCCCACAGGAGAUGGCACAGGUUGAGAAGCGGAAGCGCGACAUAUCAGUCAUCAAUGGCGAUACGGACGAUGGAAGCUGUAGCGAACGCCCGACAGCUUCUAGUAACAAAAGAACAAGAAUGAUCGGACCAUCUUUACCCUCCACAACAGAUGAUUUUAGUGAGGACAAAGGGAUUGGGAGAGAAACAGAUAGUGAUGAUGACAUUGGUCCGAGGCAACCCUUCACAGAUGCCAUACCGCCCGAGAAAAUAACUGGUCAAGAAACUCCUAGCGUACCGCUUGAGCCUCCUCGUGAUAAGGAGGAGUCUGCUUGUGACGGGGUUCGACGUGAUGAAUGGAUGAUUCGACCUCCAGGCUCAGCAGAUUGGACUACCAAAAUUGACCCAACCAAGCUACGUAAUCGCCGGUUUCAAUCGGGAAGAUAUGCCAACCGUUCAUCUGGCCAAGAUGGACCAGACAAAUCGUGGACUGAGUCUCCGGGGGAAAAGAUAAAGCGACUACAGGAUAAGGUAAUGGGAAUUACCACACCUGGCCCAGAGAAUCAACCGAAAAUCACAAGGCCCAGUGGAAUGUUAGAGAGAAAGUCGCAAAAACACAAUGAUGCCUCGACGAAGAGAGGAUCUCUAUAUAGGGACUUGCACGGUCAAUCCAGAGAGAAGAUGAAGGAUGACCAAGUGCGCACUUUUGAUCGGGAAACAGAUAUGGCUCUUGCUUCCAGACUGUCCGAUGCUCAACGUCAGGAAGUGCUCGACAAAGCCUCUGAAUUUGGAUCCCGUUUCACGAAGGGCAACUUUCUCUAGUAUAGUGGAACCAUACUUGGGAAGGGGAAAAAAGGGAGCAGAGAGUUAACUACCCUACUCUGUACAUUAUGCUUCCAUAUGGGCUUUAGCGUUGUUAUAAAUGUGAUAUGAAUAUUUCCACUGUAG